GCCAUAAACGGAAAGUAUGUUCAAGUUUGCCAAAGCCCGACGACCGGUCAUUUAUUCGCGUUCGCUCCUCCUGCCCAUACAUCCCAUCGUAAACCAAAGCCUGUUCUUUCUCAUCCUACUCAUUGUGCGCUGCUGGUGAACUGAAAUGGCACAAACCGUACAGAAACGCAAGAGACCUACCGGUGCCACACAAGAGGAUAGUUCAGAUGAACCAGGGCCCUCCAAGCGGCCCAAACACCCAACAGCGCGUAAGAGCACUGGUAGGGAGAGACCUACCCCCGCUUCUGUAAGGGGUGGCAAAGGAAAAGCCCAGCGGGAAGCAGACGCGGAAGAUGAACAGGGACAGUCGCGAAAGAAACGUCGUUAUCGCCCUGGUACUAUUGCACUACGCGAAAUCCGAAAAUAUCAGCGGAGCACAGACUUGCUAUUGCGCAGGCUUCCUUUCUCGCGUGUGGUGCGUGAAAUCGCGAUGGAUAUGAUGACGGACACGAACUAUGAGAGGGGGGAAGCUGGGCUAAGGUGGCAGAGCUCAGCAAUCAUGGCUCUACAGGAAGCUACUGAGGCGUUCCUGGUUCACCUAUUCGAGGAUGCCAACUUGUGCGCAAUACACGCCAAACGCGUAACAAUUAUGCAGCGUGACAUUCAGCUUGCCCGGAGAAUAAGAGGGCCAUGGGGUGGUUUGGGGUAGGGGUUGAUUGUGGAUCUUUACGGAAUUAUUUGUUUAUAACUACGAAGGCAUCUAAGUUUAUGUAUCGCACUUAU